GCAUAUCUCUGAGUUCAUUGGUUCGUUAAUCCGUCAAUCAUACGGUGCCGGCUUUCUUCAAUUUUCAUUGGCUAGCGAGUUCAGAGGAGGGAUUCGGCAGUCGCCCGGUAAUGGCGGAUGGUGGCGGCUGGCGGCCGCCGCGCCCCUGCGAGACCUACAGCGCUGAAUGGAAGCUCUGCCGCAGCGCGAGGCACUUCCUGCACCACUACUACGUCCACGGCGAGCGGCCAGCCUGCGAGCAGUGGCGGCGCGACCUGGCCAACUGCCGAGAGUGGGAGGAGCGCCGGAGCGCGGAGGCCCAGGCAAGCCAAUUUUUUCAGUUGAUAUUCACCCUGACGGGACCAAGUUCGCAACUGGAGGACAAGGACAGGAUUCUGGGAAGGUUGUGAUCUGGAAUAUGUCUCCAGUCCUCCAGGAGGAUGACGAGAAGGAUGAAAAUAUUCCCAAGAUGCUUUGCCAGAUGGACAAUCACUUAGCAUGUGUGAACUGUGUGCGGUGGUCAAACAGUGGGAUGUAUUUAGCUUCUGGGGGAGAUGACAAACUGAUUAUGGUGUGGAAACGGGCUACGUACAUCGGCCCCAGCACUGUGUUCGGCUCCAGUGGUAAGCUUGCCAACGUGGAGCAAUGGCGAUGUGUCUCUAUCCUCCGGAGUCACUCAGGCGAUGUAAUGGAUGUAGCAUGGUCUCCCCAUGAUGCCUGGCUGGCCUCGUGCAGCGUGGAUAACACUGUCGUCAUCUGGAACGCUGUGAAGUUCCCAGAAAUUCUCGCUACUCUGAGAGGCCAUUCUGGCUUGGUAAAGGGGUUGACCUGGGACCCUGUUGGUAAAUACAUUGCCUCUCAAGCUGACGACCGCAGCCUGAAGGUGUGGAGAACGCUGGACUGGCAGUUGGAGACCAGCAUCACCAAACCUUUUGAUGAGUGUGGAGGGACAACCCAUGUGUUGCGGCUCAGCUGGUCACCUGAUGGGCACUACCUGGUGUCUGCCCACGCCAUGAACAACUCUGGCCCCACUGCCCAGAUCAUUGAACGGGAGGGCUGGAAGACCAACAUGGACUUUGUCGGGCACCGGAAAGCUGUGACUGUUGUUAAAUUCAACCCAAAAAUCUUCAAAAAGAAGCAGAAGAAUGGGAGUUCUGCAAAGCCCAGCUGCCCAUAUUGCUGCUGUGCUGUUGGCAGCAAGGACCGUUCUCUCUCUGUCUGGCUCACAUGUCUGAAACGGCCUUUGGUUGUCAUCCAUGAGCUAUUCGACAAAUCCAUCAUGGAUAUUUCCUGGACUCUGAAUGGGCUGGGCAUCUUGGUGUGCUCCAUGGAUGGCUCUGUGGCGUUUCUAGAUUUCUCCCAGGAUGAGCUUGGAGACCCCCUGAGCGAGGAGGAGAAGAGCCGCAUUCACCAGUCUACCUAUGGCAAGAGCUUGGCCAUCAUGACUGAGGCCCAGCUCUCCACAGCUGUCAUCGAGAACCCAGAGAUGCUCAAAUACCAGCGCAGGCAGCAACAACAGCAGCUGGACCACAAGAGUGCCUCGGCCAGAGAGACAAGUUCAGCUACCUCAGUUGCUGGCGUUGUCAAUGGGGAGAGUCUAGAAGACAUUAGGAAGAAUCUUUUGAAGAAACAAGUUGAGACUCGGACUGCAGAUGGUCGCAGAAGAAUCACACCUCUCUGCAUAGCACAGCUGGACACCGGGGACUUCUCCACGGCAUUCUUUAACAGCAUCCCACUCUCGGGCUCCCUGGCGGGCACCAUGCUCUCCUCUCAUAGCAAUCCACAGCUACUGCCACUCGACUCCAGUACCCCCAACUCCUUUGGCGCCUCGAAGCCCUCCACAGAGCCUGUGGCGACAGCUGGUGCCAGGCCGGCUGGUGAUACUGUCAGUAAGGACAGUGUGAAUGCUACCUCUACUCCUGCUGCAUCGUCACCCUCCGUGUUAACAACCCCGUCCAAGAUUGAACCCAUGAAAGCAUUUGACUCCCGAUUCACGGAGCGGUCUAAAGCCACGCCAGGUGCUCCUGCCUUGACCAGUGUGACUCCAACAACUGUGGAAAGGUUGAAAGAGCAGAACCUUGUGAAAGACCUGAGGCCCCGGGACCUCCUGGAGAGCAGCAGUGACAGCGACGAAAAAGUCCCUGUGGCCAAGCCCUCCUCGCUGUCCAAGCGAAAACUGGAGCUUGAGGUGGAAACAGUGGAGAAGAAGAAGAAAGGGCGACCUCGGAAGGAGUCUCGGCUCAUGCCUGUGUCUCUGUCUGUCCAGUCCCCAGCUGCCCUGACCGCAGAGAAGGACACCGUGUGUUUGUCUGUACCAGCACCUGCACUGAAGCUGCCCAUGCCAGGCCCCCAGAGAGCAUUUACCCUCCAGGUGAGCUCCGAUCCCUCCAUGUACAUUGAAGUGGAGAAUGAAGUGACUGCUGUGGGGGGCGUGAAGCUAAGUCGUUUGAAGUGUAACCGGGAAGGGAAGGAGUGGGAGACGGUGCUCACCAGCCGGAUCCUCACUGCUGCUGGCAGUUGUGACGUGGUAUGUGUUGCCUGUGAAAAGAGGAUGCUGUCAGUGUUCUCCGCCUGUGGUCGCCGUCUCCUCCCUCCCAUCCUCCUGCCGUCCCCAAUCUCCACUUUGCACUGCACGGGUUCCUACGUCAUGGCACUCACGGCUGCAGCCACAUUAUCUGUCUGGGAUGUUCACAGACAGGUAGUUGUGGUGAAAGAAGAAUCGCUACACUCCAUCUUGGCAGGAAGUGACAUGACAGUGUCACAGAUCUUGCUGACACAGCAUGGAAUCCCAGUGAUGAACCUGUCCGAUGGGAAGGCAUACUGCUUUAAUCCAUCACUUUCUACAUGGAACCUGGUUUCUGACAAGCAGGACUCCCUGGCCCAGUGUGCAGACUUCAGGAGCAGCCUGCCUCCCCAGGACGCCAUGUUGUGCUCCGGACCUUUAGCCAUAGUCCAGGGCCGUGCCUCCACUUCAGGAAGACAGGCAGCCCGACUCUUCUCCGUGCCUCAUGUAGUGCAGCAGGAGACCACCCUGGCCUACCUGGAGAAUCAGGUUGCAGCGGCACUCACCCUGCAGUCCAGCCAUGAGUACCGCCAUUGGCUCCUCCUCUACGCUCGGUACCUUGUGAAUGAAGGGUCUCCGGAAGAGGGAGCUGUUGAAGGAGCUACUGCCAGUCAUUGGGCAGAAUCUCCGUUUUCAGCGCCUCUUCACCGAGUGUCAGGAGCAGCUCGAUAUCCUGAGGGACAAGUAGCCUGCCUAGGCCUCCCCUGGCUACAGCAAGGGCAGGGCCACACUCUCGCUGCUGACAACGCAGAGGACCACCUCUCACCUCGUCAGGCUACAGAAGGACGGGGAGACACUGGCAGGAGGUGGGCUAUCCCGUGCCAGCACCAGCCCAGCUUCCUGGGCAGACUUCCCCUAUUUCCUGGGCCUGUUGCUCCCUCAGAAGGGGGAACCUCUGCCAGCCAUUCAUCCCUCCCUCCAGGACCCCUGUGCAGAGCUGGGGCUGGGGCCCUGCCCUGCUGCCCUGGGGUCAGUGAUGCACUCCCAGGCCUGCCGUCUCCAGCACGGUCCCAAGGUGGACGCUAGUCCCUGCCACUGCAGACACCGUGCUGCUUCAGCUAUGACGAAUGAGCCAUUUGUGAAAGAGAGAGAACCCUGAAAUGUUAGUGUAUUAUGCAGUCAGUAGACUGACCCCGAGACCUAUGUAAAAGGAAAGCCUAUUCCAACACGGACUAUUUUUGUACUAGAAUUUGCUAACUUGUAAUAUGGAAUUUUCCUUUUGGCCAAUAAUCAGGAUUUCCCUAUAAGUCACUUGGACAUUGGUCACUUGUAGGAAAUUUAAACUCUAAUUAUGACAGCUACAUUGAAAAAUAAUUGUACUGAAAUUAACUUGUCUAUCUUCAUUUGGUUUUAAUUUUUAAAUGUUUGUAAAAAGAGACUGUUUUUUGGGGGAAUGGGGCAGAGGGGUGGGCGAUUUCUUUUGUAAGUGUAAAAUAAAUGAACACGCAUUGGAUACCAAAUCA